GUCAACCACCAUGCCAUACGGCCUAACGCUCCAUGGGGAUUUGUCGUUUUUCGCACUGUCUAUGGCGUGGACAGCGACACGCCUUGGGUAUGCAUGCUCGAUCGUCUGCGUUCGACCAUCGCGGACACUCUGUCACUUUCAAAUCGGAGCGAUCUCCUCCCCCGCCACGAGAUGACUGUCAUUGAGAAUGAAGAGACGCUCGCUGACGCUAACGCGCAUAUAGUACGCAAUGCAUUCCGGGCCUGGGUUGCCGAUGACCUAACACCGCGGCUUCGCAACCCAGAGAAGUAUGGUGGAAGCGCGCAAGUUCGGUACAAGCUACUCAGCAACGACGUUCAUGAUGCGAAGCAUCCUGUGUCCUGUCUCCCUUCGAGGUGGAACUUCUGCUUAUUCGUGGACGAGGCUUGCCUUCGCUCGCUGGAUGCAUCCAUUAUGAGAGGGUUUCCAGUAAUCAAGAUUCUAACGACAGAUUGGCAAGAGGACAGGGUCGCUGCAGUGGCUGAGGGCUGGGAAGAUGGCGAAACUAAUGAGAAUUGGGAGGAGGUUGGCUGGAUGUACAUGGGCGUGAUGGAAUAUAUUGAUAUGUAUAAUCGUUUAGACAACGCGUUUGAGUGGCUUGAUUGGUACGAACGGCCC